UUCCUCCUUUGCUUUCUUUGUUUGGAAAAGCCAUCUCCGCUGCUCGUUCUUUUUUUUCUUGAGCCGCAUCAGAUUGAGAAUUGGAUAUGCUGGGUUCAGCCGUCCUCCGGCUCGCCACCCCGCCUCGCGCCGCCGUCUCCGCUGCUGCCGGAAACAUCUCGCUCGUGGAUGGCAGCCUCCGCGCUGUGCUGCACCCGGGGGCGGACGACGCAGAUUCAGCGGCGGCGGGGUGCUCGCACAAGUGGCGGAUGGUGAUCGCCUACGACGGUACCAAGUUCAAAGGUUGGCAGUAUCAACCAUCACCUCCAACUAUACAAUGCUUUCUAGAGAAAGCACUGAUACGCAUCACGAAGCUCGACCGGAAGGAGCUUUGUUUGGUUGGUGCAGGAAGGACAGAUACAGGUGUUCAUGCACAGGGUCAGGUGGCACAUUUCACCACGCCGUUUGCCUACCAUUGUCUCGACAGCUUUCAUUCUGCAAUCAACGGGCUUCUGCCUCCUGAUAUCCGAGUUAGAGAAAUUAGCGCAGCUUGUCCAGAAUUCCAUGCUCGCACAUCCACAAAGAGCAAAAUAUAUCAUUACAAGAUCUAUAACGAAGCAGUUAUGGACCCCUUCCAUACUAAUUAUGCUUACCACAGUGCACAUAAACUUAAUCCACAUGCUAUGCAGGAGGCUGCAAAUCAUUUUGUUGGAGUACAUGACUUCACAUCUUUCGCUAAUGCAGUACAUAAUGAUCGUGUGCGCAGUCCAAUAAAGAAGAUAUCACGCUUUGAUGUUACUAAGAUGGAUGCUAUCAUACAACUCGAGGUUGAAGGCACUGGCUUUUUGUACAGACAAGUGAGGAACAUGGUAGCUUUGCUAAUUCAAGUUGGAAGGGAGGGACUGCCUCCUGAAAUCGUCCCGGGAAUCAUUGCGGCAAAGGACCGCAAAGAACUUGCGAAGGUGGCCUUGUCAGCACCACCACAUGGAUUGUAUCUCAUGUCAGUUAACUAUGACAAAGAAAUCUUGAAGCCUCCUGUGGGUUCCCCUCCGGUGAGCUUUGGAAGGACUCAUCAGAUCAGUAGAUGCAAACUUCUGUUUUACUAGUACAAAUGUCCGUGCGUUGCAACGGGAGAAAAUUUUAUAUUUAUUAAUAUAAAACACAUCCCUUGUUCAUUAAAAUUGUACGUGCAGAUCGCAUGCGUUGCAAUGGUAAUAAAUUUGAGCUUGUGUGGUAUUCGAGAGUUUACCUGCCGUUGUGCAUAGUACAUUUGCUCGUGCCUCGUGUUAGAAUACAACUUGUAUUAGGGUUAUGACUCAUACUUGGUUUGUAAUAAUGCUAGGUCAGGGGUGGCUUAGCUCUUAUAUAUACUUAUACCGGCAUAAUAUUGUAUCAAUAAUUAUUCAAUACAAUUCUUUUUUUUUCGA